AGCCGCCACCGCAACCGCCGCCGACGCCGACGCCUCGUCGUAGCUGCACCGGCGAACAGGUGUAAGAAGAAGCAGUCCACAAUGACAACAGCUCCAGUUCCAGUCAGUGAUGGUGGUGAUGCUUCAAAUGUUCUUUUCACCGGCCUCCGAGAUCACACUGACCUCCUCACUGAGGUCCUCCUCCGGCUGCCACCCUGGUCGCUCUGCCAACUCCGGUGCGUCUGCAAACUGUGGCGAGACAGGACAACGUCGUCCACCUUCCUCUCGGCCUACGCCGAUCGCCAUGCCUCCAACCCUUCGAACUGGCUCCUCCUCGACCGGACAAUCUUUAUCGACACUGCCCCGACACCCCGAGGCCCAGUCCGUGCACUGGUUCGCAUUUCUGAGCCGCCAAAAGUCUCAUCAAUCGUCAGCUCGUCUCGCCUGUGCCCCAUCCGCCGGAAGGAGCUCUCGCAUAAGCAGCAGCCACCCAUGGUCGUCGGCUACAGUGGCGGCCUUGCCCUGCUCAUGGCCAAUGACAACAGCUACUACGUCUGCAACCCAUUCACCGGAGAUGCUUUUCUUCUCCCUGCUCCGAAUCCCCAACUCCGCAAUGCUGAGAGCCUGGGCAUUGUUGUUGCUCGGGACGGCGAGUAUGUGGUUGCUCAGCUCGUGGCCGCCUGUCUGCGCUGCUUCUCGUCCGAAAUUGGCCGCUGGGAGGAGAAGCCCGUCGUGUGUUCUGGAUUCUCCAAGAGCGACAUGGCGUUUUCUUCCGGCGGGAUGCUCCAUUUCGUUGAUCUCAACUGUGGCAUACUCUCCUGUGACCCAUUUGCGCCGGUGCCAACUGUAGUUUUCAUCAGCCUGCCAGUGGCCAGUGGUAGACCCAGUCAUGGCCUGGAUGAAUGGAUCCACAUGAGGUACGUUGGCGUCUCCGCUGGGCGGCUGUGCUUCUUGGACAUUGAUGAAGACGAUGGAGAAUCUGGGUUAAUGAGCCUGUGGGCAUUAUCUGGGAGCAGUGGUGAGUGGAUGCUGGAAUAUAAAGUGGAUUUUGAGGAUCUGUGGCAAGAUGAAAGCUUUGAUGGUCAUUCGUUUGAUGAUGAUGAGGUUCCAUUAGUUGGUUUGGUUCACCCGCUGAAUGAGCACAGUGUCUAUGUGAUCUCUGAUGGCUGCCUCUUCAACAUUGAUCAGCGGACAAGGCAGGUUCUUGAUUGUACCGCGCAGACUAAUGCCGGGAGGGAGGUUGGAUCUUCUCCUCCGAUUGCUUGUGUCGUACCCCCGCUACCACAUCUGGUGUCUCCAUUUCCCUCGGGUUUAAGGAAAGAAGCAAGCAACAGUGAUCCUCAGGUGGGAGAAAGCAGUGGUAAGCCCCAAAAGUCUACAAAGGGCAGGAGGAGGAAACCGAAGACAUGAUUAUGGGGUUUAUCACCAGGGGUGGGCAAAAAUAAACCGGCCACUCGGUAGCGGUUUUUUUUGUUAUUGGUUAGAUGUUCGGUUUUUGUUUUGAUCUAGAUCGGUUUAUAUUUGCUGCAAACCGAAGACACUGAAUAAACCAAAGUCCUCCCGUAGGAGUUGGUUAGCCGUCUCGUCCCGAGCGUUUAGCGUAUGCAUGUCCAGAAUUUUCUUUUCUUAAGUAGGUGUGGAGGCCAUCAACCAUCAUUGGUUGUGUGGCAUACAUGUGUGACAUGGUCAAUAGGUGUGGGGCCCAUCAACUCUUUGCUCCCUAUAUCAUGCAUGUAUGAGGUUUCUCUUGUUCGGUAUAAAACCAACCGAUUUUCUUUGAAUUUUUUUUAUUUUGGUUUUGCUUUUUCUUUAGCUAAUUCCAUUUCUAUUUUACACAAACCGGUCUUAGCUGAAACCGAAAAAACUGAACCGAAGAACGGAAAGCC